CGAAACGUGUUGCUCUUCCAUUCUGCUCUGCAAACGAAGUGAAAUUGAUUUCGUAACACGGUGCUACGUAAAUGAGUCUGUCUGUCGUUGAAGACUGUAUCAUAACCAUUUGUAGCUCAGCACUUGGCUGUAACGGUAGAUUUAGUUUUUCCUAAGUUUUGUAUUACAGUAAACAUUCAGGGACGAAAGCACCAUAGUAGUAUAGGUGUUCUCAGGCUGUGUAACCUCCAGCGCUGGUUGUAAAUCGGACGACGGAAGCCAUUGUUCUUUGGUUUAACUUUGCAUUUAUGUACUUUUGAGUUCCUUGUGGAUUUGUCCAUCAUAAAAAUGGCCGAAGAUUUUGAUGUAGAAGCAAUGUUAGAAGCGCCGUAUAAGAAAGGAACCCUUACAUGUCACAGCUUGGCUCAGAUCCGAGCCUCAGCUCCGGGCAGGGGCCCAAAGCACAGAGGUACAACAAAAAUUUAGUUAGGGUCCCCAAGAUGAGUAUGCGACUCUUAUCCAAGAGGCGAUUCUUCGGUGGAUCAAGACUGAUUCCAGGAAACAGUGGAUGUAAAAGCCUUGUUUAAAUGCUUCCAGUUUCACUAAAAUGUGUAAUCACAUUUUGGCAUACAGUGAAAGCGGUACAAAUUAUUUGCAUGUAUGGAUUGUAUGUGUCUGUGGAUGUUUGUGGAAUAGUCUUUUCAGCUGUGAACAUUUGUAGGAUUUGUACCUAAAAUUUCUCAUGUACUGUCUUUAAAGACUUGAGUACUUUUAUAACAGUUCAUGAAUUAUUAAAGUUAAAUGUUGUGCUGAGUUUGCCAUUUUUGUUUACUUCAGACUUAGUAUUGGUUCCAUAACCUGGCUGCAGUAUAUUUAAUUCAAGAAAAAUGAAUUCAGAUAUAGUUAGGUGUAUCUUAUAGAAGACAUUCUUACAUAAGAUCCAUUUUAAAAGUGCACACAUUUUAUUGCAAAAUCUAGAGGGCUUGUGGCAUAUGAAACUAAAUUAGUUUGGGCAUAAUUGAGAACUUGGUUUUGUUAGCUUCUGCUGUAUACUUGUUUUGAUGCAUUGGUUUGAUUGACAUUUUACACACGAGUUGCAUAUUUUACACCUCCUGUUAAAUCCCUCUUGAGAGAGGAUGUAUCCAUGAUUUCUUCUUGUGUUACUUAUAGGAGCAUUGAUGAAGCCAAUGUGUGUGGUACUUCUGGAAAGGGGUAUCAAGUUAUGAAAAAUGGAACUGUAAUUGGCUCACAAUUAUACGUCUACCCCAGUAGUCCCACUGAAUGUGGCAAGUAAAUAGUUUCUCCAUGUGUCAAAAAGUGAGGUGACAGUAGCAUUCAGUGCUGCCAUUCAUACUGUUCUCCUGAUAGUUAGCCCCCUUUUUUUUUCUACUGGCAUGACAGCAAAGAAUGAAAAAUCACCUGGGGGUUGUUAUCCAAGUAUUAUUUUUUAAAACAUAUUUGAAAACUAAAUUUCCCCAGUACAGCUCUUGGUUAUUGUUGUAUUAAUAAAAGGAAGAAAAUUAUUGAUUACAAGUUGACAUAAUGUGGUGGUUAUAAUACCCUCCAGAAGUUGAAUUUAUGUAGCAAAAAAUCAGUGUGCAGUACAUGCCAGUUUGUUGUCAAAUUAGGGAAGUAUUAGCAGAAGCAGGGUUUAAGAUAAGAUGUCUGCAGUUACGUCCUAAAAGGAACAGUUUUAGGAGUGAACAAACACCUUCGGGACUGAAGUAUCUAAAUCAUAGGCUAUGUCUCUACUGUUAAAUCUCUAAUGCAGUCCUUCUUUUUCCCCACAGUAAGGUACCUUUAAUUGAAAAGGUACCUGUAACAGAAGUUCAUAUUGAUUCAGAAGCUUUUUUCUGCAUUUCAUGUAGUGUUACAAUUUUCAGUUAAAUCUUUCCAUCUCUACUGUAACAUCUUAUAGAUAUAUUCUUGGAUUUCCAUAUGGUUUAGGGUUUGUAGAUUCAAGCCACUGUCACAUUAGGGUGUGUUUAAAGUAUUCUUUUACAGUCAUAGUAUUCAUAAUUUUAGUUACUCACUGAAAAUUGUAGAGUUAGUUGGAAAGAGUAGGAAACACAGAAAAACUUAGCAUAUUGGCUGUAUUUAAUUUAGUGUAGAUUUUCAGUUUAUUUUUGAGAGAAUCCUUUUCAUUAUGAAAAUUGCUGUAGACCUUUCUGAAAGCACAAAAGUUAAGGUAGUCCCCCUUUCAGAUUUUGAAUGUGUGUUCCCUGCCCCCCCCCCCCCCCUCCCUUUCUCCCAGGAGCAGGCCCUUACUGCAGUUCCUUUUAUUAUGUACAAGAAGUGGCUCAAGGUUGAUACAGGACUCUUAUAUUCUUAAAUUGAUGACCUCACAGUGAUUAAACAUAGAAGUGGUCCCUUACAACAGCGUUUCAAUAAUAAUUCUAAUCAAUUGCAUUUCCAAUUUUACAUUCUAAUACCCACAUUCUUUUGCAGUUUUGUUUUUAAAACAGAGAGUUGGUUUCGAGAGUGUUAUAACUUCUAAGUUUACCAGACAUGUCUAAAUCUGCUUAUUAGGCAAGUAUUUGAUUAAUUUGAAUGUAAAUUCAUAAGUUCUCUCAGAAGUUCCAUUUUUCGAAAAAAGACCUUUCACAAGCUCUAUCUUUACAGAAUUAAGAGUAUGGUACUGUAAAUGGUGCAGCACUUGGAAUUAUAGUGUAGGCUUUGGGGCACUAAUCACCUCCAGUAUGUUUAGCAAGCUGGCUCAACAACCCUGGGAAAGAAGAGGAACCAGCCUUUUAAUGUAGUUUUAAUGACGUUGGAUUGGAGUAAAAUAUUAAUGGAACUCCGAUGUUUUUCUUCCUUUUUCCCUUCAACGUGAUGGCUGGUUGCGGGGAUUACCAACACUUUGUGUGCUGCUGUUUCCUAGGAUGACGCUGGGAGCAACAAAACAACAGUGAAGGAAAAUGGCACAUCAAGCAGUCAUCGAUCAUCAGGGUAAGGUCUAGUAAUAUAUGUUACAGAAAAUUUAGUGUUACAUUAACUCUUUACUGGUGUAACAUGUCACAAAAGUAAGUGAUGACUAUUGUUCUGUUUGUUAUAGAAUACUGUUCAGUACAUUCCAGUGAAUUAAUAAUUUUUGUUGGUGAGUAUGGAUGUGAUGCAGUUUUAAGUGCGAGGUAUCUCAAAAGAAGUUUCUUUCUUUAAUUUGGUUUCUGAUCAGCUUUCACAGACCUCUUUUAGUGUGUUAGAACUCUUCACAUCACCCUUUGUUUAGUUGUGUUGGAGAACACGUUCAUUCAGGCCACUAAAUAAUAUGUUUAUAUUAUGCAGGAAAAGCAAACAUCGGAGUCGCAGUAGGUCUCGAGAUAAAGGACGUCAUCGGAGCCGGUCUAGAGAUCGCCACCGUGAUCAUCACCGGGACCAUGAGAAGAGACGCAGCAGGGACCGAGAUCGCCAUGACAAAGAAAGGAGGAGGAGCAAGGACAGAGAUCACCAUAGGAGGAGGGACAGGUCUCGUGACCGCGAACGUGAACGUGAAAGGGAAAAGGAAAAGGAGAAGGAAAGGGAGAGAGAACGAGAGAGGGAAAAGGAGAGGGAGAGGGAAAGGGAACGAGAAAGGCGGAAAAGAUCUUUGUCACCUAUUGUGCUUCCUCGUGCAAGAGACAAGUACCCUUUCAGAAAAGGAGUCUCACCACUAGGGUUGGGUGCCACUGAUGAUCUUGCUCCUGAAGAACGUGAUGCACGGACUGUCUUUUGCAUGCAGUUGUCACAGAGAAUCAGAGCAAGAGACCUGGAAGAAUUUUUCUCAUCUGUUGGAAAAGUUAGAGACGUCAGGCUUAUCACUUGCAACAAAACUCGCCGUUUUAAAGGCAUUGCUUAUGUUGAAUUCAGGGAUCCUGAAUCUGUCCCUUUGGCACUUGGUUUGUCAGGACAAAAGCUGCUUGGUAUUCCCAUUAUAGUUCAGCACACUCAGGCUGAGAAAAACAGGGCAGGCAAUACAAUGCCAAAUAUGGUUGUGCCUAAAGGAAACAGUGGCCCAAUGAGACUUUAUGUGGGGUCUCUGCACUUUAAUAUUACAGAAGAUAUGCUGCGCGGUAUUUUUGAACCUUUUGGAAAGAUUGACAAUAUCCAGUUGAUCAUAGACCCAGAGACAGGAAGGUCGAAAGGCUAUGGGUUCCUGACGUUUCAUAAUGCUGAAGAUGCCAAGAAAGCACUAGAGCAGCUGAAUGGAUUUGAAUUGGCUGGCCGUCCUAUGAAGGUGGGAAAUGUAACUGAGAGAUCAGAUUCUGCUCAGGGUACGUCAAUAUUGGACAGUGAUGAAUUAGACAGGACAGGAAUUGAUCUUGGUGCGACUGGCAGAUUGCAGCUGAUGUGCAAGUUAGCAGAAGGUACAGGAAUGCAGAUUCCUCAGGCUGCAGCAACAGCAUUAAACUUAAAUUCUGCUGGAGCUCUCCCAAUGCAGCAAACAACACCCCCAAUUGCUACACAGUGCUUUAUGUUGGCAAACAUGUUCGAUCCAUCUACGGAAACCAAUCCAAAUUGGGAUAUCGAAAUUAGGGAUGAUGUGAUAGAAGAGUGUAACAAACAUGGUGGUGUCUUGCAUGUUUAUGUAGACAAAGCAUCAUUACAAGGAAAUGUCUAUGUAAAGUGCCCCUCAAUCAGCACAGCUGUGGCAGCAGUGAACUCGUUACACGGCAGGUGGUUUGCAGGUAGAGUAAUAACAGCAGCAUAUGUCCCACUAAUAAAUUACCACAGCUUAUUCCCAGAUGCAAUGACAGCACUACAGUUAUUAAUGCCAUCAGCUGCGAGAAGAGGGAUGUGAAAUUGACUGAAAAUGCCAAAAAACAAAUGUACACUAGACUGUGAGAUCACAUUUGUGAUAAUUAUGUGGCACAGGAACACAUAGGGUGCAUUCUGAAAAUCAGCUUGUUUCAGAAUGUGUAUGUUGUGUCAACAUGUGAAAUUUAUUCUGUAUAUAAUGAAUAUUUGAUAAAUGUGUGAGAUAUUAGUGUAUGUUAAUAUUUUUAUGUUGUUUAAACUUUUUAUGUUAGGAGAAUGAGAGUAUUUCUAUGUUGUAAUGUGUUUAUCUUUUUGUACAGUUGCAUUGUACUGAAGUAAAGCAUUGACUUUGUGAUUUAUUGUUUUUACUUGUUGUGCAAGUUUGAUAAAGAUCUGACGGGAGUGUUGAUGGUACUGUAAAUUGACAUAUUAAAUAAAAAGAUUUUUUUGUACUGUAA